AUGAGGGGAACCGAGCCAACUGCUGGUGUUGUCUGCUGCCCGCGUCCUCCAAUUCGUUUUCGCUGCUCUUUCCGCAAUACGAUGCUCGACGUCUUAAGAGCCAGGGGCUGGAAGGAAACCGACAGCGAAACAGAAUGGGACUUCUUCUGGUGCGACAAGGAUUGGAUCAGUGAAACAUUUGACAAAUUUCGCUUCCAGCCAAAUCAAAGAAUAAAUCAUUUCCGUAAUCACCACCAAUUAACCCGGAAGGAUUUACUAAUUCGCAAUUUGCGGCGGCACAAAAGGCAGCUGGAACGAGAGUGUAAAGCACAGGAGGCAGAAAGCUUCAAUAUAUGCCCCCAGACGUUUCUGCUACCACUGGAGUACUCAAUAUUCGUUGAGGAAUUCAAACGAAAUGCAGUCCAGAAGUGCGGGUCCGUUUGGAUCAUGAAACCCGUAGGGAGGUCCCAGGGAAAGGGGAUUUUUCUAAUUGAGAGACUCUCCCAACUCGCGGACUGGCGAGGGGAUGCCCGAAGCUACCGCCCCGUUGAUACGAAGAGCUCAAGUUUCCAAUCCCUUAAGAAUCCAGAAGAAGCUGAGCAGUCGGCAGAAGCAUACGUGUGCCAAAGAUACAUCCAGGAUCCGCUGGUGAUUGGUGGAAAGAAAUUCGAUUUGAGACUGUUUUGCUUUGUGAAAGCUUUCGCCCCCUUGACGGCUUAUCUGUAUCGCGGGGGCUUUGCCAGAUUUUCAAGCGUCCACUUCAGCAUGCACGAGGACCAAAGAGACAACUUAAGCGUACAUCUGACCAACGUCGCAAUUCAGAAGAAUCUCGAGACGUAUGACGAGGAGGCCGGUGGCAAGUGGCCGCUCCGCAGUCUCAAGUUGUUUCUUAUGACCAAGUUUGGACAAGAUCGCGUGGAGCACCUCAUGCGUAAUAUCCAGGAAAUGAUUCUCAAGUCUUUACUGGCGGUGCAAAAGACAAUCCUUCAUGACAAGCAUUGCUGCGAGCUGUAUGGCUAUGACGUCAUAGUCGACUCCAGCUUGAAGCCCUGGCUCUUGGAGGUGAAUGCCUCUCCUUCGCUUACAGCUACAACAGAGGAAGACUACCGCUUCAAGUUUGCCAUGCUAGACGAUCUGCUAUCGAUCGUCGACAUGGAAAAUGUCCGAACUGGGGAAGAGCGAAGCAUUGGUGGCUUUGAUUUAGUUUACAAAGGUACACUGCUACGGCGAGCAAGUUUACUACCGGGGGGAUUUUGCAGGCUAGGUGCUUACGGAGAGGUCCCCGUGAAUUGUGAAAGAAGCUAA